GAUGUGCGGUGGUUUCUUGAAUUGCUCGGUCCGCCACUAGCAAGGCACAGGAAGAUGUGAACGCGCACCUGUUUUAGCGGCAUUACGGUAGAGCAAACUGUCCCUCAACCAACAUACAACCCGAGUAAUUCAACACUGAUUUAUCUGCGAACGAGCGAACGACAGACGGGAUGCCAAAAACUGCAUCGAGUAUCGUCAUUGGGACUUGUGGAGUGGUUAGGAUCUGAAUAACAGCGAGAUACCAGGAUCAAAACACAGUAAGCAGAGGCCACGAACAGCCCGAAAAGCUGCUUGCUUUCUCUCGAUCAACUUCCCUGAGGGCUGCGCAUGCAGCCAGUGUGUGAGUGGCACACUAGCUAGUAUUGUUCUGACUUCACUACAGUACCCACUCCUAGAGAGAGAGGACGCACAACAAAAGGGAAAGAAAGGAAGGAAAGGAAGGACGGACUUAACUAACGAAGACGGUUGUCGUUGAAAGUAAUGGUCCUGCGAUACCAAUCUUAGAUCCCAAGAUUUCUCUCUUUUUGGUCUGUUGCUUUGCGUCUUUGUCGCUGUGAGUGGACUCGCCGGGGGUGUUGCGCCGAGCUGAAGCGGGGCUGUCCACAUGGUCCAGCCACUGGUGUGAAAGUUGACUUCUUCAGAAAACAAGAACAGGUGCCACGUGAUGAUGGUGGAAUCAGCCUCUGAGACCAUUCGAACUACGCCCUCCAAUCAGAAUGGAGUCAGCAGCCUCAGCAGCCAAUCGGAUGGCGGGGGAGGGAGAGAAGGCGGGUCCAACGGUGACACCAACGGAGAGAUCAGCCCAGUCGACCUGCUGCACCUCCAGCAGCAACAGGCCCUCCAGGCAGCCAGACAGUUCCUCCUCCAACAAGCCUCGGGACUCAACUCCCCCAGCAGCAAUGAGGUCAAACAGAACCCUGUGCAGGUGCCGGUGUCCAUGGCGAUGAUGACCCCCCAGAUGAUUACUCCGCAACAGAUGCAACAGAUCCUGUCCCCCCCCCAGCUACAGGCUCUACUACAACAACAGCAGGCCCUCAUGCUUCAGCAGCUACAGGAGUACUAUAAGAAGCAGCAGGAGCAGCUUCAUCUCCAGCUUCUGACUCAGCAGCAGCAGGCUGGGAAACAGGCAGCCAAAGAGGUGAGACUGCAGCAGAUGGGGAACAAGCAGUUGGCCUUCCAACAGCAGCUCAUCCAGAUGCAGCAGCUUCAGCAGCAACACAUCCUCAACCUGCAGAGACAAGGCCUGGUCUCCCUGCAGCCCACUAACCCCAUGCAGAGCCUUCAGCAAGUCCCAGUUCUGCUCGGCCUGGGUCACCCGGGUUCUAACGCCCCCCCCAUCCCUUCCCGUUCAGCCAUGGGUCCCGGUGACCUGCAGCAGCUGUGGAAGGAGGUGUCGGGGGUACAGUCUGCAGAAGACGCCCUGAAACAGCAACAGACGGGAGAAGGUCUGGACCUCAGCACCAACUCUACCUCAUCGUCCUUCCCCAAAGCAAACACACACAGCAACCUGCACAGCAACCUGCACAACAACCUACACAACGGACAGAGUCAUCACACCCCAAAGAGAGACAGGUACAGAGAAAGAGCAAGACUCUUUGAAUGGAUCUCCUCCUUCAGCAAGGCAGACCUUGGAGACGAACACCUCACGCCUUACUCCAAAGGCGGCCCACUAUCUAGCAGCCACCAUGAGGAGCACGCUGGUUCCCACCCGCUCUAUGGACACGGGGAGUGUAAAUGGCCAGGGUGUGAGGCGCUGUGUGAGGACAUGGGACAGUUCAUCAAACAUCUGAAUAAUGAACAUGCUCUGGAUGACCGCAGCACAGCCCAGUGCCGGGUGCAGAUGCAGGUGGUCCAACAGCUGGAGAUACAGCUGGCCAAGGAGAGCGAGAGACUGCAGGCCAUGAUGACCCACCUGCACAUGCGUCCAUCGGAGCCAAAGCCUUUCAACCAACCUCUGAACCUGGCGUCCAGUGGCUCCCUGCUGAAGAGGGAGAGCGAGGCGUACCCCGAGGGUCUCCCUCACCCCCCCACCUCCGCGGCGGCCCCCAUCACCCCGCUCCGGCAGGGGCCGUCUGUCAUUAGCUCAUCCAGCCUACACUCGCACCCGCACGGCGUGGGACCCAUACGCAGGCGCAACGCUGACAAGUUCUGCACCCCAAUCGCCUCAGGUAUACGAGAGGAGCUGGCACAGAACUGUGAGUUCUAUAAGAACGCUGAUGUCAGACCACCCUUCACCUAUGCCUCUCUCAUACGCCAUGCCAUCCUGGAGGCUCCAGACAGGCAGCUGACUCUUAAUGAGAUCUAUAACUGGUUCACCAGAAUGUUUGCCUACUUCAGGAGAAACACAGCCACGUGGAAGAAUGCUGUCCGCCACAACCUGAGUCUGCAUAAGUGUUUUGUGAGGGUGGAGAACGUGAAGGGGGCCGUGUGGACUGUGGACGAAGUUGAAUACCAAAAGAGGAGACCACCAAAGAUGACAGGGAGUCCUACUCUGGUGAAGAACAUGAUUUCAGGCCUGGGCUUUGGUUCCCUAAAUGCCAGCUACCAGGCGGCCCUUGCAGAAAGCAGUCUGACCCUGCUGAACAGCCAGGGCCUGGUUAACCCCUCAUCUGCUGCCAGUCUCAACAUGCUACACGGGAUGGGUCACGAUGACGUCAGCUCCACGGUGGAACAGGUCAACAGCAACGGCAGCUGCAGCCCCACACUCAGCCCACAGCAGUACGGACACCAGGUCCAUGUGAAGGAGGAGCCAACCGAGGUCCAGGAUGACAGCCGCUCCGUGUCGCUCAUGGCAACUGUCACACAGAACAUGGCUAUGCCUAGCGAUCGUGACGACCACGACUUGGAUGAUGACCUUCCGACAGAGGAGCUGGAGUAAGACAGGAAGAGCUGAACCAGUGGAAGGGACUCUGAGGUUUAAUUCCGCCCUCUCCAUUGGAGUGAAGAGAAAUGAAUACCACGUACAAAGAAGAUAAGAGAUAAAAAAGAGAAUGUUUUUUUUAAGCAAGAAACCAACAACAACAUUGACAACUUCAAACAGGGUUAGACCUUCAUUCCGUACUGACGCAAAAAUGACACUCUGGAACAUUGCUUACUUGCCCCAGGCUUUGACCCGCCCCUCCUCCUCGACCCUAUGAACAGCAGGUUGCCAUAGAGCCAUCUCUCAGCGGUGAGGGAGGGUCCUCUCUCCUCUGCAACCUGCUGAUUGGACGGACGGCCUACUGUCUUUAAGUUCCGGCAGUUUAAUUUUCACACCACUUCUAGUACACAUCCAGCUGUGAGGAAACGUACACACACCAGAUCAUGUGUAUAUAUUUUUUGGAGCAAUCACCAUGAGGUGUAUACCUCCCCCCUCCUGUCCUAUCGGUUGCUUUUCAUUUUCUUUGUUUUGCCUGAAAGAACUGCUGGGCUUUGAGAUGAAAGGAAUGACCGUGGUGGUUUUCUCCACUAUUACGCUACAACGGCUAACACAUCAGAAACCAAGCAUACAAGCCAGCCACUGAUCCCUUGGUGAGACAGAGACUGGACGGCAGGAUUCUGCCCUGUGCCCACUCUCUGCCCACUCUCUGCCCACUCUCUGCCCAAGCUCGACAAGACUCUGUUUACUGGUUAUUCCAAUUAAAAAAGGAGAUUGUCAUACCUUUAAAAAAAAUUACAAAGCUUUCAGGAAAAGGACCCUUUGGUGCUGCACUCCUCCUUCGUGCGUGGUAGAGUGAAAGGCACAGGCCACCCUGUGAGAGACAGAGGGGAAGGAGAGGGAGUAUCCACACACAGGUAUCUGACUAAAAUUGUUUAUGAUUACAGAAUUAAAAAAAAAAUAUGAUAUCCAAAAGUGGUAGCUUUUUCACUUCCUUUUUUAUUCUUUUUGUUUUAUUAAUAUUUCCAUGGCGAUAUGAUUCCAUUUCAAAGUGUGUUUUGUAAAAAUGCAUUAUUUCUUCUUUUUUUGUGUCUUUUAUUUAAUUUGUUUUAAUCUGCUUGUUCACACCAUUCCAAACUCGUAUUGCCUGCAACGAAAGAGUAUUGUCCCCAGAAGACUGAUGCCACACCUCCCUGGUUACCUUUCUUUGUGUCUGGGUGUUCCAGUUUAGAUAACAGGAGAUUGAGAAUAGCACUUAGUAUUGAGGGCCCACUGCUCCUGUAACACUCACCUACAGUAUUAUGCCCACAUUGUAUCAUCCAGUUUUGACUUUCUUUUUAACUCACUUUCAUACCUUGUUAUUUUACCUUCUCGUAGUUAGUUGAGAAACAUCAGCUGUGAUACAAAGCAAUGCUUUAAAAAAAGAUAUUAUUGCAGUCAGAGAAUACCUCAUCCCACAAAGGUUUUGCUUGGAACUGUGUCCAAAAUGGUCAAGAAAUUGUGGGGAAUUCUUUCUGCGGAAUAUGAUGAACAUGGCAACUCUGCUCAGUUUCACUUCAAAGUUCUAUUGUUACUAUAGUCACUGUAUAGAAGCUAUCUACAAUUCACUGUGUGAGUUGGACUCAAAGGAAUAGCAUGUCUAGAUUUAAAAUAUGUUGUUUUCAGUGAGCAUAAAAGCAUUACCUACUCUACAGUGCCAUACCAAAUUUAAACAAAUUAUUUUAAUGUAUUUUCUGCUUUUUCUCCCAUUUUAUUUUUGUUACAGGUAACCAAAGAAAUGUUUAGAAAACCAAAAACCCUGUAGUUUAUUUUACCCCUUUUGAGUUUAUCCUCUAAAGAACUGUCCAAAACACAACAAACACCUGAAAUUUAAAUUAUUAUUGUAUUGUAUCGUAACUCUUACGUUGAAUUUGUUCAUGACAGUACUGACCAUUCCAAAAACCAAAGUAUAUAAUGCAAAAUAGAAUUUGGGGAUGUUAAAAGCUUUUUACUUGUGUUAACUGGUGCCAAUGACAACUCACAUUAGGUAUGCUACGGUAGAAGGCCAAAACCAAUAUAAACCAACAAGCUCUUUCAGUUCCUUAGAUAAAAAAGAAAGCACUUAAAAUAUGAAACUCUAUCUCUCCAUGCUCAGGCUACCUGUGUUUCAAACACAAACAUAAGACAGGCUCCGCAAUAGGCAAGCCUGAAAGGGGAUAGCAAAUAAUGAUUGUUCCCUCAUAAGGCACUUGAACAUUUAUAUACCUGUAUGUGACACUACAAGCCAGCAAAAAAGCAAAACUCUGUGCUGUUGUCAGUUAUACCGGGGAAAAAAUGGGAUACCGGGCAAAUAAAGUAAAUUCUUUAUUGCACUGCAAAAAUGCAUAUUUUGGAUUAUUUUCCUCAACCAAAACACACAUUGUGAAAUAUAAGGAACAUUACUAAAUUAGUGUAAACAUCCCUUCAUGCAAUGCAGGAGAAUGUUAUUUUUUUACCUGGAUGCCAGUUUGCUUGAAUAGUGAAUGGUUUUCUUACUGUCCCUUCUCUACUUCUCACCCACAGUAUACUCUAGCAAACAGAACAGUUUAACAAAUACCAAAAAGGGCAGGUGUUAUAAUACAUAGGAAUACAAUGAUUUUACCUAGCUCUAUGUCAUCAUGCUCUCACGUAGCUUUUCACUCAUAUUCCCACAGUCUCAGUAGGUUUCAUAAAGACGGAUCUCAUCCCAAACGUCACAUCAAUGGAUAGGCAGGGAGGAUUAUUGAGAACAGACUUACCAGAAUGACCACUUGUGAUUACUUAUUUAUAGCAAAGAGGGUACAACUGACAAACAACAAAAACAUACCAAUGUGAAAGGAACACACCAAGGGACAUGUCAACAUCUGUAUUUUUUCUAAAGCAUUUGAGGAACGGUUUUGUCAAGUCAACUAUUGCACUUCACACCAUUUUCUUUCUUUUUUGAAUAGAGGAGGAGUCUUUGUAUUGACUUCUGGUGUCAAAGAGCCCUCUUUCCUGUCUACGUAGGGUUUUAAUGCUACAGGUCACCUGACUGAUUUAUUACAAACGAAGUGUAAGAGGAACACCUUGAAACGAGAGUUAAAACCAAAAAUAACACUACCUCCUUUUCAAAAUGGUUCAUAAUAAAAGCCACUGGAGACCCGAAAUAUUUUCUUUUUUUAUUCUUCGUCAAUAAUACGGAAAUAUACCAAAACUCUGCUUACUGUUUGAAAAAAAAUUGGUGGAGCUCAAAAAGCUUUGUCUGGCUAUCUGGACUCCAAAUUCACGAGCGUUAGUGCAAAAACAAAGAGACUUUAUAACCACGUUCCAUUCUGUUAAAGAUGACUGACUACCUCUCCUAAAACCACAGACAACCGGUGCAUUCUCCUAAGAGUGAACAGUGAAGUGGUCACCAUGUUUAAAAGGUCUGCUCUCAGUGUGUAUUAUUGCCCAUUAGCAUAUGGCUCCGUGAACAGCCUCUUAAUUGCAUGCACGCAUAUUGAUGAGCAUGCUUUGCCGGCACCCAAUGAUAGUCCGGUCGUUAGCGGCGACUCAAUGGGGCAGGAAGCUAGUUGUCAGGAGUGAUGAUAGGCAGAAUAUAUCAGUGCCCAGCACAUACACACACACACACAAACUAGUGCCCACCAGACGCCAGUGGCUCACAUUUCACAUUAAUGCAGAGAACAGCUUUAAGAUUUCUGUGAUAAAGAAAACACACCCACACACACUCUCCCAGUCUGUAGUCAUUGUGCUCUCCAAAGGGCCUUGAGUAUCAUUCAGAAAGCAUCAGAGAUGGGAAUAAUAGCCCUGUGACAAGGAGCUGGCCCCUAAUGGUGAGUAGUGGCCCCUGUCAGUAGGAGCAAGACCUCUGAUGGCCCCUCCUGGCUCCUUGGUUUAGACAGCUGAAGCUCUGAGUAACUAAAAAUACUAUCCAAAGACUAGCACAGAGCUCACUGUAGAGCCUCACUCACUGGGAGACAGACAAUAGUCACACACGCAAAGGAAUUUAUUAUUAUUACUACUAUAAUUAUUGUUAUGAUCCAAACUCUCACGAAAGAGGAACUGCUGCAUUCAGUAAAUAAAUGAUCUUGGAAGUCUCGUGCUUUAAGGUACACCUGUAAACCAAGCUGUUUUCUAAAGAUGUAGAUUGACAUUUGUCGAUGGUGUGUUAACAGAUCGCCAUAGACGCUUCUGUUCCUUCUCUGGCUUUGCUGUUAUGUUGUAUUAUUGUAUAUUAACGCUUGGCUUAGCUCUCCAGGGCAUUCUUUCCCAUUAAGUCUUUUUAUUUUCUGUUUUGUUAAUUUUCUGCACCUGUUUAGCUAUUGUAAAGCUUCCAGCUUGGAUUCCUAUACUGUAUUGCUAAUGCUGAAGUGUAUGUAUUUAUCUGCAGGUAUCUUGGUUUAAUAGUUUUUUCCUUUAUUCAGUUUUCUUCAUAAAACGUCUGGGACGAUGAUUUUUUAAAUGUAUCUCAAAAAAAUUAAAGAAUUAAAGUUAGAUAAGUGGUUUAGGUAACACCUGUUUGUAUAUUUAUCUUAGCUAGGUCUAUUUUGAUACUUUUUGUCUCUGUACUGCAUUUAUGCAUUUUUAAGGAAAGAAAAAGAAAAACAACAGAAAACAAACUCAAAAGUUGACAUCAUUAUGUAUUGAUGAUACCUCAGAAGGACUUUUCUCUAAGACAGGACCAAAACCUCAGAAAAACAGAGAAAUAGGAAAAAGAUAGCCCCUUUUAAUGGCAGAACAAUGGAAAGAUGGUGUUGUUGGUCCUUUAGGUGCCAAUAUGUGUCCUCUGACAAUUAUUCCUCUGAUGACCUUUAACCCUCAAAGCUGUCAAUCACUCCACAGGGCAAGUGUGCGUGGCUCUGAGUCAAAAAUCUUUACGUCAGAGUCCUUGUUUUCUUUAGUAACCACAUACACAAUCUACAGGCCAUCAGAGAUUUAGUUCAUUCUCAAUCAUGCACCAAAGGUAGGCACUGCUCUUAAGCAACAAGGUCAAUGUCUUAUAUUUCAGAAAUGUCAUCUACCACCAAGCUGUUUCCCUUACCUCAAACAAUUCUUAACGUUGGCCACUGCUUUCAUCUCUCAGACUCCAGGGACUUACUUGGCCCCGCAUCUGCUCUAUGAUUGGACAGCUCUGAGGUGUCAUGUUGAGGAAAAGGGGACUAAAAAGGGGAGUUGCCCGAUGGUAUUAACUUCACAGCCAAACAAAUGUAAUUACCACUUCAGCACUCCUCUGGUUGUAUGAUAAGAAUGUGUGUACAUUUUCAGCAGUGACUUUCUGUAACGUUACUUAGUUUCAGUUUACUUGUUUACCUCUUAUCUUUUUAUUUCCUUCUGUUCGUUUAUUUUUCAAAGUGUGACCCAGGCGAAGGGGCACAGUUGUGUUUUUUGAGAUGGUCUAAAAGAGGCUUAAAAAAGGUGACUUUGCCAUGAGACCUUUGCCCUUUCCCCCCUUCCCUGGGUGGCCAUGUAAUGCCAGUCACUGCCCUUUUCCUCAUGCUGUAUAAAACACACACAUAUAUCUGUGUAUUUGUAACCUGAAUCUUCUUGUGUCUGUCCAUGCAGACAAUAAAACAAACUGUACAGUAGGUCUAGUUGCAUGUAAUCUGUACUAAUUAUUGACAACGGCAUUAUAAAAUGCAAUAAAAUACUUAUUACACUGUC